GACUGAAAAGGGAUCUAAGUGAGAGCUCGCUAUUUCGAUACUGAGGUAGAAGGAGAUCAUGGCGGGUUCUGGAAGUUCGAUGAUGUAUUCCUUCCUUUUGUUCACUGUGAUUCUGUCACUUCAAGAGAUGUACAGAGGGAAGUUGGCAUCAACUGAGUUGUUUACGAUUCUCGGGGGUUUCACCAGUUCCCUCUUGUUCCUUGUGCUGCUCACUUUCAUUGGCAAUUACCAGGAAUCAUGUGGUGUGAAGACUGGCUGGGGUGCUGUUAUUGUAGCAGAAGCAGUUGCUCUUAUUGCUGCUGGCACUGUCCAUCGAGUUUGUAUCACAACAUGUUUCUUGUUCUCUGCCGCAAUACUGUAUGAGGUCAACAAGCUUUCAGGGAUAAUGCUUACCAAAAGUGAAUCUAAAACAAAAAGGCACUGAGUGGUGAUGUUUGUUUAAUUCACAUGUUUUGAAAUGUUUUUGUUUCCUUUUCAUCCAACUUUGAGUACAAUUUAGCCGUAGUAGAAAAGAGAAAUUCAGUAUUAACGUAUCAGAUAUUUGUCAAACAUGGAACUUGAAAGAUGUGAUUCGAUCAAUAGCAUUUCUGUGAUCUUGUUUACAUCUGGUACACCUGGAGAGUGGAGAUUAGCUAGGGCAUAUAAAUGAUAUUGAUUACUUCAUACUUCUUCUCUCUCUUCAUAGUUUCUUAUAUCCCACGGAGAGCCCCUUUGUGUUCUGUCAAAUUUUGCCACCCUGAUGGGUGUGUGUGUGUGUAGCCUAUUUCUCUGUCA